AUGUAUUUUGAUGGGGCUGCUCGUCAAGACGGCGCAGGUGCAGGGGUAGUCUUUGUGUCGCCAGAAAAGCACGUUUUACCUUACUCAUUUGUGCUAAAUCAGUUGUGCUCAAACAACAUGGCUGAGUACCAAGCUCUUAUUAUGGGUCUUCAAAUGGCGGUUGAAAUGGGAAUUCAAGAUCUUGAUGUUUAUGGAGAUUCACAACUCGUUAUAAGUCAACUUUUAGGCGAAUAUGAAGUCAAGAAAGAGGAUUUAAUUCCUUAUCACAAACAUGCAUCAAGAUUGCUCGACAAGUUUGACAUUGUCAAGCUAAGCCAUGUUCCAAGGAGUGCCAACAAGAUGGCUGACGCCCUUGCUGGUCUUGCAGCCACUUUGGCAUUGGUGGCAGAGGAAACCAUGUUUAUGCCUGUUUGCAAUCGUUGGGUAGUUGCACCUGAAGAAUAUGAAGUUGAAGAUGACGAGAUCGAGGAGGUUGACAUGAUCACUGUCUGCCAAAUUGACAAAGAAGACUGGCGUCAACCAAUCAUCGACUAUUUGGAUCACCAAAAGCUGCCUAAUGAUCCACGACAUCGAACAGAAUUCCGCCGUCGAGCCUCUCGUUUUGUUCUCUUCAAAGGGACUCUUUAUAGACGAUCUUUUGACAAGCUAUGGUCGAGAUGUCUAGAAGAUGAAGAGGCAGCCAAUACAAUAGAGGAAUUCCAUUCAGGGAUUUGUGGAGCUCUUCAAUCUAGUCCUAAGCUUCAUGAUUGUAUCAAAAGGGCGGGAUAUUAUUGGCCUUCAAUGGUACAAGAUUGCAUGGAGUUCGUUAAAAAGUGUGAAGCAUGUCAAUUUCAUGCAAACUUCAUUCACCAACCUCCAGAACCACUACAUCCAACUGUGACAUCAUGGCCAUUCGAAGGAUGGGGUCUUGACGUGGUUGGUCCGAUCUCACCAAAGUCAUCUGGUGGUCACGCUUAUAUACUGGCUGCCACUGGUCACUUUUCUAAGUGGGCUGAAGCUAUUCCCCUUCGUGAGGUGAAAAAAGAAAAUGUUGUCGAUUUCAUUCGCACCCAUAUCAUUUAUAGGUAUGGAAUUACUCAAAGAAUUGUCACUGACAAUGGAAAACCAUUCGUCAACAACUUGAUGGAUAGCCUUUGCCAAAAUUUCAAGUUCACACAACAUAAGUCAUCCAUGUACAAUGCUCCUACAAAUGGUCUAGCUGAAGCAUUAACAAAACGCUUUAUAAUUUGCUAA